CAAUUUUUUGGAAGAUCGCCACAUGCUGCGUCGUGCGGUGGUCGUCGCCGGUCGGCGUGGCCCGCGCUCUGCGUCCAUGACAGCGCCUGGCCGCCCGUGGACGCACACACAGAGCCUCGCGCCACUCACGCGCGCCUUCUCGCUCGAUGCGAUCGCAGCCAAGACGACCAAGGACCUCGAUCGGUUCCGGGCGUGGGAUAACGCCGACGUCUUCUCGCCCAAGCUCUGGUUCUUUACCAAGUUUAACAUGUUUACCGUGCUCCACACCGCGUUUCCCGCGUCCAAUGCGGCGUACGACAUUCCCGAGUUCUUGGCAGGCGCCAAGGACGCGAUGCACACGGUGCUCUCAACGCUCUACUCGCGGGCCUUUUUCGAGGCGGUGACGACCACCCACGCCAACGCGCCGACCGACGAGCUGGCGUUCCUGCACACCAUCAUGAGCCCAGAGUGCGUCCAGAUCUUCAUCGAUGGCUUCACAGCGCUUCGUGCCAACGGCGCGACGGGCUUUGAGCUCACGCACCUCGACAUCAAGGGCGCGCACUUGGACGCGGUCGACCUCGCGGACGAUGCGACGUCGGUUCGAUUGCACGUGCUCUUUUACACCGAAGAGCACAUUCUCACCACGGGCGUCGUCAACGGAGAAGAGUUGUCCGAGCCAUCGGUGCGCGACGACCAAUGCACGUGGGUCUUUGAGUCGUCGCUCCAAGAGCCCAUCAAAUGGACCAUUGUUGGCAUUUGA